UUUUUACAUAUUUUUACAGAUGGUAGUAAAAACUUUUAUGGAUAUGGAUCAGGAUUCAGAAGACGAAAAACAGCAGUAUCUCCCACUAGCCUUGCAUCUUGCAUCUGAAUUUUUCCUCAGGAAUCCCAAUAAAGAUGUGCGUCUCCUUGUAGCGUGUUGUUUGGCCGACAUUUUUCGAAUCUAUGCCCCAGAAGCUCCAUAUACUUCCCAUGAUAAACUUAAGGACAUAUUUUUGUUUAUUACCAGACAAUUAAAAGGUUUGGAAGAUACAAAGAGUCCACAGUUUAAUAGAUACUUUUAUUUAUUAGAGAAUUUAGCUUGGGUUAAAUCCUAUAACAUCUGCUUCGAAUUGGAAGAUUGCAAUGAAAUUUUUAUUCAGCUUUUUAGGACUCUCUUCUCAGUGAUCAACAAUAGCCACAACAAGAAGGUACAAAUGCACAUGCUAGACUUGAUGAGUUCUAUCAUCAUGGAAGGUGAUGGAGUUACUCAAGAAUUAUUGGACUCCAUUCUUAUUAACCUCAUUCCUGCACAUAAGAACUUAAAUAAACAGUCCUUUGACCUUGCAAAAGUCUUACUGAAAAGGACAGUCCAAACUAUUGAGGCGUGCAUUGCCAAUUUUUUCAAUCAAGUCCUGGUGCUGGGAAGAUCAUCAGUAAGUGAUUUGUCAGAACAUGUAUUUGAUCUGAUUCAGGAACUUUUUGCAAUAGAUCCUCAUUUAUUAUUGUCUGUCAUGCCGCAGCUUGAAUUCAAACUAAAGAGCAAUGAUGGAGAAGAGCGAUUAGCUGUUGUUCGACUUUUAGCUAAAUUAUUUGGUUCUAAAGAUUCUGAUUUGGCAACACAGAAUCGUCCUCUUUGGCAGUGUUUUCUUGGACGAUUUAAUGACAUUCACGUUCCUGUGAGAUUAGAAAGUGUGAAAUUUGCCAGUCACUGUUUAAUGAAUCACCCAGAUUUAGCAAAGGAUCUCACAGAAUAUUUGAAAGUUAGAUCACAUGAUCCCGAAGAGGCUAUUCGUCACGAUGUCAUUGUUACUAUAAUAACAGCUGCCAAAAGAGACCUUGCCUUAGUAAAUGAUCAACUACUUGGCUUUGUAAGAGAAAGAACACUGGAUAAACGGUGGCGAGUAAGAAAAGAAGCAAUGAUGGGUCUGGCUCAGCUUUAUAAGAAAUACUGUCUUCAUGGUGAAGCAGGAAAGGAAGCUGCAGAGAAAGUCAGCUGGAUAAAGGACAAACUUUUGCAUAUUUAUUAUCAGAAUAGCAUCGAUGACAAACUUUUGGUAGAGAAAAUCUUUGCCCAGUAUCUUGUUCCCCACAACCUGGAAACAGAAGAGAGAAUGAAAUGCUUGUAUUAUUUAUAUGCUAGUUUGGAUCCAAAUGCUGUCAAAGCUCUCAAUGAAAUGUGGAAGUGUCAGAACAUGCUUAGAAGUCAUGUACGGGAACUAUUGGAUUUGCACAAGCAACCUACAUCAGAGGCCAACUGUUCUGCGAUGUUUGGAAAACUGAUGACCAUAGCAAAGAAUUUGCCUGACCCUGGAAAAGCACAAGAUUUUGUGAAGAAAUUUAACCAGGUUCUUGGUGAUGAUGAGAAAUUGCGGUCUCAGCUGGAGUUAUUAAUCAGCCCAACCUGUUCAUGCAAACAGGCAGAUGUUUGUGUGAGAGAAAUAGCUCGAAAACUUGCAAAUCCUAAGCAGCCAACAAAUCCUUUUCUAGAGAUGGUCAAAUUUCUGUUGGAAAGAAUUGCACCUGUGCACAUUGAUUCAGAAGCCAUAAGUGCACUGGUAAAGCUGAUGAAUAAGUCAAUAGAGGGGACAGCAGAUGAUGAAGAGGAGGGUGUAAGUCCAGAUACAGCUAUUCGUUCAGGACUUGAACUUCUUAAGGUUCUGUCUUUCACACAUCCUACCUCGUUCCACUCUGCAGAGACAUAUGAGUCCCUGUUACAGUGCCUCAGAAUGGAAGAUGACAAGGUAGCAGAAGCUGCUAUACAAAUUUUUAGAAAUACAGGCCACAAAAUAGAAACAGACCUACCCCAGAUACGAUCGACCUUAAUUCCCAUUUUACAUCAGAAAGCAAAGAGAGGUACUCCACACCAAGCAAAACAGGCUGUUCACUGUAUACAUGCCAUAUUCACAAACAAAGAAGUCCAGCUUGCACAGAUUUUUGAGGUAUAUAUAAUAUAUGGGACGUGUUUAUUUUUAGCUUUAUUGGCUCGGUGGUCCAUGUAUACUCAGAAAGUUAACUUUGAACUACCCAGUUCAACAGGUGAGAAGAAUGGAAAAUUAUGGUCUCCAGAUGAAGAGGUUUCCCCUGAAGUACUAGCAAAGGUACAGGCAAUUAAACUUCUGGUAAGGUGGCUGUUGGGUAUGAAAAACAACCAGUCUAAAUCUGCCAAUUCAACUCUUCGAUUAUUAUCAGCGAUGUUGGUUAGUGAGGGUGACCUGACAGAGCAAAAGAGGAUCAGUAAAUCUGAUAUGUCUCGCUUGCGAUUAGCUGCUGGUAGUGCCAUAAUGAAGCUUGCUCAGGAACCUUGUUACCAUGAAAUUAUAACCCCAGAACAGUUUCAGCUCUGUGCACUUGUUAUUAAUGAUGAGUGCUACCAAGUAAGGCAGAUAUUUGCUCAGAAGUUGCAUAAGGCUCUUGUGAAGUUACUGCUCCCAUUGGAGUAUAUGGCGAUCUUUGCCUUGUGUGCCAAAGAUCCUGUGAAGGAAAGAAGAGCACAUGCACGACAGUGUUUACUAAAAAAUAUCAGUAUACGCAGGGAGUACAUUAAACAGAACCCCAUGGCUACUGAGAAAUUAUUAUCACUGUUGCCUGAAUAUGUAGUUCCAUACAUGAUUCACCUGCUAGCCCAUGAUCCAGAUUUUACAAGAUCACAAGAUGUUGAUCAGCUUCGUGAUAUUAAAGAGUGCCUAUGGUUCAUGCUUGAAGUUUUAAUGACAAAGAAUGAAAACAAUAGCCAUGCCUUUAUGAAGAAGAUGGCAGAGAACAUCAAGUUAACAAAAGAUGCCCAGUCUCCAGAUGAGUCCAAGACAAAUGAAAAACUUUAUACAGUAUGUGAUGUGGCUCUAUGUGUUAUAAAUAGUAAAAGUGCUUUGUGCAAUGCAGAUUCCCCAAAGGAUCCCGUCCUUCCAAUGAAAUUUUUUACACAACCUGAAAAGGAUUUCUGUAAUGACAAGAGUUAUAUUUCAGAAGAGACCAGAGUACUUCUGUUAACAGGAAAGCCAAAACCUGCUGGAGUACUAGGUGCAGUAAACAAGCCUUUAUCAGCAACGGGAAGGAAACCGUAUGUUAGAAGCACUGGAGCUGAGACUGGAAGCAAUAUUAAUGUAAAUUCAGAACUGAACCCUUCAACCGGAAAUCGAUCAAGGGAACAGAGUUCAGAGGCAGUAGAAACUGGAGUUAGUGAAAAUGAAGAGAACCCUGUGAGAAUUAUCUCUGUCACACCUGUAAAGAAUAUUGACCCGGUAAAGAAUAAGGAGAUCAGUUCUGAUCAGACUACCCAGAGCAACAUCAGCAGUGACCGAGGAAAGAAAAGAAGUGUAGCAGCAGCUGGUACAGAGAACAUCCAACAAAAAACAGAUGAGAAAGCAGAUGAAUCAGGACCACCUGCCCCUUCAAAACCCAGGAGAGGACGCCGACCCAAGUCUGAAUCUCAGGGCAAUGCAACCAAAAAUGAUGACAUAAACAAACCUCUUGGCAAAGGAAGAAAGAGAGCCGCGGUCAGUCAGGAAAGCCCUGGGGGUCUGGAAGCAGGUAAUGCCAAAGCACCCAAACUGCAAGAUGUAGCCAAAAAGGCAGCACCAGCAGAGAGACAGAUUGACUUACAAAGGUAA